AGUCAACUUACUACGCGCAUUCCGCGACAAGCACAAUCACGUCGACGAAGGCGAGAAGUAUCGUCGUCAUCACGAGGCCCACGCCUUGUGCCAGCACUCGUUGUUUGAAUCAGUCGCAAGAUCCUUCGUCGGCAACGAUAAAGCAGCGUGCAAUAUGUCAAUUAGCCAUUCACUCGUUUGGAAGCGUCCUGUCACGCAGACGGUUCCCGCCGACGAUGGCGAGUUCCGACGGAAGAAAUUGAAGCUGAACGAUCUACCCGUGUCGAGUGCGAAGAGAACGGCAAUUGAUGGCUUGCUUCUGACCUUCAAGAAGAGCGGUGAAUUUGAUAAGUUGCGGAAGAGCAUCUUUAGUCAGUUCGAGAGCAGCGAGGCGAAGACGAAGAUGCUCAAUUCGAUCGAAGAGUUGACCGAGCGCGAGAUUGAACGCCAGGCGAAGAUGCUCCUUUCCCGUGAUCGACGACAAGCUGCUGCUUUGAUAGAAGGUGCAGUAGAACGCAGCAACACAUACAAGCUAGUCGACUCCAAGAUCGAAGAGCUCGUUCAGGGCAUCAUUCUUGAAGCCGAAAAUUCACUGCGAAAAGCACGCGAAACGGAGAUCGGUACCGAUGCCGCGCUUGAAGAACUUAAGCGUGGCGGUAAGACAGAUGAUGAGUAUCUUACGGAGUAUGUGAUCCGAAAGCAGGCACGAAUGCGAAUCAUUGAGGAAGAGAAUGCGGCGUUUCGCAGGCAGGAAGAGGAGGCGAGGAGGAAACGUGAAGAGGAGAAAAAGCGUAGAGAGGAAGAGGAAGAGAGGAAAGAGAAAGAGGAGCAGGAGAGAAGAGAAAGGGAGAGAGAGGAGCGCGAGGAAAGAAGACGCAAGGAGAGAGAAGAACGUGAAAAGGAGCGAGAGAGGGAGAGAGAACGAGAACGUGAAAGAGAGCGUGAGUUGGAGAAGGAGCGAGAGGAGCGACGAGAGCGACGCAGGCGAGAAGAUGAAGAGCGUCGUGCCAGGCAUGACGUGUCCAGAGAUCGAUCGAGAACGAGAGAUCGUUCGCGUGAAUACAGGAGGCGCUCGAGGUCAAGAGAUCGUUCGCGGCGACGAUCGCCAGAUAUCUAUCGGAGCAGACGUUACAGUGACGAUCGGGGAAGCAAGGUUCUUAAUGCUAGCGAGAAGGAUCUGGAGGCUAUUGCACUUGAAGAGCUUCUCAAAGAAGGCCAGAAAGCGGCAUCAUCUUCUGCGCCUUCCAAGGUAGCCGAGCUGGAAGACUCCCUGGAACUACCUCCGAGAAAGAUGCUUGCUCCAAAGUCCAUUGUUCCGCGCGACCCGCAUGCGGCGAGAUUAUCGAAAAUGGACUCGCCAAAGCCUAGCACGCCUGCCAAACCUGAUGAGCGCAGCAGGGCCGGCUCGGUCAUACAAUCUAUUGAAAAAGAUAGAGAGAGCGAGGCAGGAGACAGAAGACGCACCCCGUCAUGGAGCCGUGACAGACGUUCCUCACGAUACAGUCGCUCACCAGAUGACCGCCGGCGCUCACGACGCUAUGACGAAGAUGACCGAAAUACGUACCGACCAUCUCGACGCAGCCGUUCGCGCAGUAGAGAAUCGUACCGCCGUCCCAACAGCAGACGGAGAGAUAGGACAAGGUCAAGAACAAGGUCUCGCUCCCCGGUUCGAAGACGAAGGGACCGCUCUGAUUCACGGCCUAGACGCCGCGACCGCUCGGAGGAUGUGCCAGAAAUUGAUCGCUACGUGCCUAAGACAUCACGAAGAUCGCCCAUACCUGCGAGUCGCCGUGACAGAGAUCGAUCUCGCGAUCGUGAUGAUUAUCGGCGGCGCGCCCGGGAUGACUCGAAAUCCCCGCCACCAGUGUCAACACGUCGUCGUUUGGCCUCGCGGAGCCGAAGUCGUAGCAGGGGUCGAAGACGAGACGACCGCGAUGAUUCGCGCGAGCCCGGGGGCAGGACAACGAGGCAUCGGUACGCACCGGAUGAGAUUGAUCGUUACGUACCUGAGACUAGCCAGCGUGCGGACCUACGUGAGUUCAGGGAGCGAGACCGGAGUAACACGAGGGAUAGUCGUGUACGGGACAAGACUCCUGAUUCGUCGAAGGGAAGAGACAGAAGCAGGAGACGAAGCCGUAACCGGAGUAGGGAUCGAAGAAGAGAUCGAAGUAGGGAUCGAAGCAGGGAUCGAAGCAGGGACCGAAGUAGGGAUCGAAGUAGGGAUCGAAGUAGAGAUCGGAGCAGAGAAAAGAGGCGAGACAGAAGCAGAGAUCGAAGAGAGAGUUACGACCGUCGAGACCGGUCCCGAGAUCGCGAUCGGAACCGGAGAGGUGAUGACUUAUACACUGGGACCUCGAGCCGCAGAGAUCGUUCACGCGAACGAUCUCGGUCCAGGAAUCGCGAUCGAGGCGAGGACCGAUAUCGAGGCGGCCGGAGACGAAGCAGAAGUGCAAGCUCCGCCGUUGAUGAGAAGGCGUCAAAGACUGAGAAGAAGGAAGAGAAGAAGGAGGUGGGCAGCAAUGCACCAAGGGGAAGCAAGAUGUACGCGGCUGGUGCAACUCCAUUGGCGAAGCCGACUGGGGGGUUGCACUUCACAAGUCUAACGUGGAAGAAGAGCGGUUAGCAGAAAGAGUUUGUGUGAGAGUGAGAGAGUUCUCCUAGAUGUUCAGCUCGCCUGAUUCCGAUCGUGACACGGAUCAUUAAUUGAAGACUGGGCUUUUGAGAACAAAACAAUGAGGUUAGUAAAAAUGAAAUGGAACUGAAAGGCGGGGAACAAAAGGUUCACCAUCAACCAAUGUGUUUAUUACUUCUAUCCGUGCUUACUUGCAGUUCACAUGCUCCAAGACGAACCCAAUUUUAGCUCUCUUUGUUCGUGGGGCUCAAGAAGAGCAGCGUGCUUGCUGUUUCAUCCCUUUGCGCCG